AUGAGUCCAUCUCCAAAAGUCGUCGUACAAACUUUUGAUAACUAUGCAAAAAGUCAGUUGACAUUCGUGCAGAACAUAGCAGAAUUAGCUGCCAAGCCUGCGUACAUCGAAUGUUUGUACGAAAGCCAUGUUGUCAAGAUAGUUCUGCCAUUAGUGACUAACAUAAAUCCUACUGUUAGAAUGAACGCAGUAUUGUGUUUAGUAAGAUUGGCUGGUAAUAGCGAGCCGUGCGCCAAACAAAUAGUAUGUUCGAAAAAUCUAUUAAGUCGGUUACUCGGACAGCUUGUGAAGGAAAAUAAAUAUUAUAAAAAAAAUUGCAUGAACCUUGUUAAAAAUCUUUCUAAAUAUUCAUCGGAAAAUACUGAAAUCGUAAUCAAAGAAUGUGGAGGAAUAGACGCUAUUUUGAUAUGCAUGAAGGACUUUGAUUCAUUGGUCAGAGAAGCUGCUAUGCAAGCAAUUACCUGCAUUACCCGCCUAGACGUGAAACUAUCACAACUAAUCGUAAACUCUGGCGUAUUACCUCAAAUUGUUCUAUGUUUAAAAGAACAACAACAAAGCUUGAAAUUAUAUGCUUUAUCUGCAUUAAACGAAAUGGCCAAAAAUAACGAAGAUUUGGCUAUAAAAAUUGUGGAUAUAUCAACUCUACCUCAUGUGAUAAUUUUUUUAACGCCUAACUUUGUAGAUAAAAAAGUUCAGAAAAGUGCAUUGAUAUUGAUAAAAAAUAUUGUUAAGCAUUCAUUGUACUUAACUGAAAAUGCAAUCGAGUCAAAUUUAUUCCCAGAAAUAUUAUUUUUGAUGGCACAUCCAGACGAAUCGAUACGUAGUAAUUCGGCCAAAGUAAUUCGCGAAGUAGUACAACACAGUGUUCAGAUUGCUCAAAUGGUUGUUAAUAGUGGCGGAAUAGAUAAGCUGUUAAAUGUUAUUUCGUGUAGUCAAGAAUUGUCUCCUAUUCCCGCUGUACUUGCUUUGGGAUAUAUUGCAGCAAUGUCACCAAAACUUGCAUUAGCCAUAAUUCAGUCUCAGGUAUUGAUGCAUUUGACUACUAUUUUAAAAAGUGAUACGGACAAGUUAACGAAAGCUGGUACUGUUUGGACAUUAGGCAUGAUAGGCCAACACAGUGCUGAGCACGCGAGAUAUAUUUGCUCUUGUGACGCUAUUACUAAUAUUAUGAAUGUAUACAUGGAUUCAAAUUUGGAAAACGAGAGCCGACACAAAUGUAUAGUUGCUCUAGAACAAAUAUUGAACAAUUGUGAUGACUUUAAUGUUCUAGAAAACUUGUUGACACCGUCGAUCCCUAUCGAAAUAAUGAUAAUCAUACUUGAUAAAAUAAGCAAAAUAUUGCCUAAAAAUUCUCAAGCUCGACGAAGUUUUAUUACUAAUGGAUACUUGAAAAUGAUUCAAAAUAUUAAACCAGAAAUACAAUCAGAAUUAUUUCAAGUAAUCAAGGCGGUAAAUUGUUGUUUCCCAGAAGACAUAAUACAAAUGGUAGCUGGAGAUUUUCCGGAAACAGUUAUGAAAACUGUGGACAAGUAUGUGCCACAAAGUGAUUGUUUAUUUUUUAAUCGUCAAUUAAAAAGUGAUGAACACAUCAUGCAUAAAUCUUAUGCAAUUAUAAAAACAGAUUUGUCUGGUGAAGAAACCAUCUAUAAAUAA